AUGGUUUUACUUGCAACAAAACUAGAGUUCCUGGUUUAUGAGAUCCUCCUCUCAAAGGGGAAACCCUAUAAAAACAAUCGAGAAAUCUUGGCUAUGAUAAACUUAAUUGCAGCAUAUCAAGGAAUUACAUUGACAUUAGAAUCAAGUGUUACUCAACCUUAUCAAGCCAUACCCCAGGAUAAGGAGCCCUUUCAUAUCGAAGGGAUGCAAACAGCUUUCCGUUACCGGAGUGGAGGAAGGGCUGUGAAAGUGUUUGUGGUGGUUGAUGAAGUUGAGGAGGUUAAUGGGGCUGGUGAAAUUGGAAACCAAGUUGUUGGUAAUUUAUGCAGUUAUAAAGGGAGCAACGAUCCGAUAGGUGGAACCUGA